UCUGACCAAUGAGCGCAGCCGGCUUUAGCAUCCUCCAGGGCCGCUGGAGAUAGCGGGAAAUCGGCUGUGUGUGUAGCACUCCAAGAGGACACUGGACCUAGGAACUGUCUUUGAUUCUAGGUUUGUUCCUCCUGAGUUGGAAGAUAAAUACUAUUGACGUUUAAUUUGAAGCAGUGACACAGCUGAAAACCAGCGUAUCUCCAGCACCGCUGCCUCGACUGCUAUGCUAACAUCCGGCGCUAGUUAACAUUAGCUUACACGUUAGCUAACAGGAGCGCUGGGCUUCAUGCGACAGGACAGAAAAACACUACUGACAAGAAAGAGACAAAGAGCUGCAGCUUUCAAAGCAAGAAAUGAGUCAUUUCAAUUUAGACCGUUUUCGUUUUGAUACGAAGGCAGUGAAGACAAACAAAGAACCGGACAGAGGCUCCAAAAGUCCUGAGUCUGAGAAGGAGAACAAGCCAGCUAAAAUGAAACCUGCCAAAGCUCCCAAGUCCCAUGCCCGAGGAGUGGUUUUCGAAGAGGUCAACAGUAUUGAUUUGGAAGAGGAUGAAAAACCAUCUGACAUCAAAAACAAAGCAUCAAACAACGGAAAAUCCAAGAACGAAACACAUGAGGAAUCUGAUCACUCAGAUGAUGAGGACCAUGAAAUUGGGGAGAAAAUGAACAAACUGGUGGAGAUGUUUCCUCAGCUCACUAGGGGUGAGCUACUGAAAGUUAUAGGCAGCACAAGCACAUUGGAAGGGGCCGUAGCAGCAUGUAUUUUCCAGUUUGGUGAUAAAGAAGAAAAUAAUCAAGGCAGAAAAAGAAAGCAAGAUGGAUCCAGCAGUUCUCAGGACGGUGCCAACGUUCAACCCAGCAAGAAGAGGAGGUCAUCAGUGGAUUCUGAUGACGAUGAUGAUGAUGGCAAAGAGCCAAGCUUUGAGAAGCAGGAAGCCAUGGUCAAAAGACUGCAGAAAAAGUUUCCUGACCAGGACAAGGAGGAGCUACGUAUGGUGCUGCAGGAACAUGACUGGAAUGAUGCCGACGCUCUACAGGCUCUUCAGGUGUUUUCUGAUCCAGAUAAAAGCUUCAGCUCCACUGAGGGUGACAAAAAGAAUUCCAGUAAAUCAAAGAGCAAAAGCAAUUCCGUCAGUGACCGCAGGAGGCUGAUGUUGCACAAAGAUGAUGCGGAUGACAGUUCCGACGAUACAGAUGCCACGAAAGACAGCGAGGACGAAUCAGACUCAGACGACCACAGAUAUCCUGAAGACCGUCGUAGAAAAUCCACUCUGUCUUCAUGGCUUACGAGAAGAAGAGCCAAAGUAUCCUCAUACUCCUCAGUUCAGAAAACAACUACCUCUUCUUCCCUGAAGCCAGCCACAUCCUCAACCUCCACCUCUUCCUCUCCUGUGGUAAAGAUGCUGUCCAGGUUUGCAAGUGGGACCAGCAUAGCCAAGAAGCAGGCAGUAGAGAGAAAGCAGAAGGCGCGUGCCGCAGAUGAACACAUAGCACCCAGCUCAGAGGAUGAUAAUGAUGGCAUGGUCAGCAGUGAGUUUGAAGACUCAGAUGGGGAGCUGGACUCUAAAGUUGGCAUGACAGCGUUGAAGAAAGAGAUAAUCACGUUCUUUCAGACAGCAUCGAUAGAUGAGCUGUCGCUGAUUUCUGGCUGCUCUGUUAAAAAAGCCAUGAAGAUUGUGGAACUGAGACCCUUUGGAAACUGGGAAAGCAUGCGUGACGUCUUCCAUAAAGGCAAUGGAUUGUCAGAGGACGUACUCAUGGGCUGCAAAGUCGUCCUCAGAGAGCGGAAGGUUGUGCUGGGGCUCAUGUCCAAAUGUGAGACCAUUUCCACAAAAAUGACGAAUCAGGUCACUUCUCUGAUGGAGACGGGCACAGGGGCUAUGAAACAGCCCAAAGUACUCAGCAGCCAGUUCAAGUUAAAGCCCUAUCAGCUGAUCGGUCUAAACUGGCUGUUGCUUCUGCAUGAGCACAAUCUGAGUGGUAUCCUCGCCGAUGAAAUGGGUUUGGGGAAAACCAUCCAAGCUAUAGCAUUUUUGGCCCAGCUGUACCAGAACGGGAUCAAAGGUCCUCACCUUAUCACUGUGCCGGCCUCUACAAUGGAUAACUGGGUCAGAGAGCUGAAGCUGUGGUGUCCAAGCCUUAAAGUUAUCAUCUAUUACGGAUCCUUGGAGGACCGCCGCUACCUCAGACACGACAUCCUCAAUGACGCUGUUGAGUUCAACGUCAUAGUGACCACGUAUAACCUGGCCAUUGGAAAUGAUAAUGACCGCAGCCUCUUCAGAAAGCUUCGUAUCAACUAUGCUGUGUUUGAUGAGGGUCACAUGCUUAAGAACAUGAACACUCUGCGCUACCGCCACCUAAUGGCUAUCAAUGCGGAGCACCGUUUGCUGCUGACAGGAACUCCAGUACAGAACAACCUCUUGGAGCUGAUGUCUCUCCUCAACUUUAUUAUGCCUUCCAUGUUCUCCAGCUCCACGUCACAGCUCUCCAAAAUGUUUUCUAUGAAAUCUCAUGAGGAGCAGAGCCGCUUUGAGAGGGACCGUAUUUCUCAGGCCAAACUCAUCAUGAAGCCUUUCAUCCUCAGAAGAGUCAAGAGCGAGGUCCUCAAACAACUGCCAGCCAAGGAAGAGACGAUCGAGUCUUGCUCAAUGAGUGAGAAACAGGAGGCUCUCUAUCGAAAGCUCUGGGAAAAACUGAAAGGUUCCACCGAUGGUGCAAAGCGAGAGAUGUGCAACGUGAUGAUGCAGCUGAGGAAGAUGGCUAACCAUCCUCUGCUUCAUAGACAGUACUACACCACAGAGAAGCUCAAAGCCAUGAGCAAACUCAUGCUCAAGGAGCCAACUCAUUUUGAUGCAGAUGCCGCUCUGAUCCAGGAAGACAUGGAAGUGAUGUCAGACUUUGAGCUGCAUAAUCUGUGCAAGCAGUACUCCUCCAUCAGCUCCUACAAGCUUGAAAAGAGUUUGCUGCUUGACUCUGGGAAAUUCCACCACCUCACUGAGCUGCUGGCCUCCCUUAAAAACAAGGGAGACCGAGUGGUGUUAUUCAGUCAGUUCACCAUGAUGCUGGACAUUGUGGAAGUGCUGAUGAAACAUCUAGACCAUCGUUAUGUCAGGCUGGAUGGAUCCACACCUAUAGCUGACAGGAUUGGGUUGAUCGAUGAGUUCAACACAGAUCCCGAAAUAUAUGUGUUCCUGCUGUCGACACGUGCUGGUGGCCUGGGCAUCAACCUCACAUCAGCAAAUGUUGUCAUCCUACAUGACAUAGACUGCAAUCCCUAUAAUGACAAGCAGGCAGAAGACAGAUGUCACCGUGUAGGCCAGACCAGGACUGUCCAGGUGAUAAAGCUGAUCAGUAAGAACACCAUAGAGGACUGCAUAAUGCAGCUGGGCCAAAAGAAACUGAAGCUGGAGCAUGACAUGACUGCUGCUGAAGAAGGUGAUGAGGGGACCAUAACUGAAGAUAUGGCAUCUCUGCUCAGAGCCUCACUGGGACUGUGAUUUACAAACACAUGAAACUUGAGACUGUACGAACACACUUUAGAGUUUGCAUUCCUGUGUCUCUGGGCAGACUUGAGUGUUCUGACUGAACACACCAGACACCCAUGUGUCUACACGAUAAAGCUACUGAGAACCAUAUGCUGCCAUGCACAGAAGUUCUUAUGAUAAAUUCCCAUCCACUGUUGAGCAUGGCAGCCGUGCCUAAAGUGUUUUUUUACACACACCUAGUGUUUUUUCUCCCUCCUACAGCAAAACCAGAAUAAAAGAAUGGAAUGAAAAUUUUGCCUUUCAACUGUUAUGCACUCCGCAUGUUACACAAGGGUUUUGAAACUUGAAUGAAUGUUAAAGUUAAGACCAAACUGCUACUAAUGCAGCAUGUGUUGGAGUUGUGUAUUACUCUUGUCUGACUGAACACAAGUAUCUUUUUCAAAGUCAGAUAACCCGGGUCACAUAAUGUUCACCAAGAAAGUUACAGUACGCUGGCAAGGACAUGAAUGCCUUCAGGCAGUCUGAUGCAGAACAUUUUCUAAAUUAAAAUGAGGAAAUUUGGUUACACAUACCUGAAGAGACAGUCUGAGAGAAUGGGAGGUUCUUGGCUGCCCUUUACACCAGAGUUGCAUCUUUCCUCGUCUGCCAGCUCUCCCAACAAACACGUCUUUACCUCAAAAGAUUUUGCUGCUGUAACCCCGAACAGAAAGCAGGACCACCGCACAGAAAGUGUUGCCAUUUACAUUGAUUUCCUCUCCGUUCUUGCCACCACUUCUGAUCACACAGUCUUGACAGUUGUGGUGCAUCAGAAAGUAAGCCAAGUAUCUGGUGUCCCUCUAAAUGUAAUGUAAGUUCUUUCCUGUUUCAUAUUCUAUUCAUUUCUUUGGGAAAGGCAGACUGACCUUUAUCGACUGAAUAUAUAUAGUUUUGUUGUCGUAGCCCUUGAAUUUAGUCCUUAAGUACUUCAGUUUUUCUGGUGUGUAAAACUAGAAAAACUUAAAACUAACAUAAAAUGGAAUGUAUUCGGUUAACUUGGUGCUUCAACUCCUUUCAAAUAUGUUAAGCCAAGCAAGAGAAAAGAUUAUGAAUCGAGAAAGCAGCUGCUGCAUUCAUGAACUGUAUAAGUGACUCGUGUUGUAAGUGCGUACGUGUUUCUGUAUAAGCUUUUAUGAAGUCAUUUGUAUGUUUUUAAGGUUUCUGUUUAGGGUAAAUAAUAAAACAUUGGAAUAAA